AUGGAAGGCAUUGGGCGCAUUUAUCAACUUGGUCUGCCUCUUUACAGCUUGAGAAAUACGUUGAGGUCCAAAACAUUGCGUUUUCAAAGAGGUUUAAGAUAUAAGUUCAGCCCGUUCUCCACGCUUAGCCCACCCUCGAACGCAAUCACCAUUGGAUACAAAUAUCUUGGCAAGUCAGUGUCCUACUCGGCCGCAUUGGAAUUGCAGGAUCAGUUAGUUGCAAGCCGUACAAGCUAUCCCGACGUUGGUCCCGAUGCGGCGCACAGUGUGAACGUACUAUUACUUUUGCAGCAUUCACCAACGUACACGGCGGGUAGACGCGUUCGGAACACGGACGCAACUGAGGGUAGAAGGUUGAGAGCUCUAGGGGCAGAAUAUUACGAGACACGACGAGGUGGUCAGACGACCUUUCAUGGUCCAGGGCAAUUAGUUGGAUAUCCGAUCCUAGAUCUAAGGCAAUUCGGUCUUGGGGUUCGUAGUUAUGUCCAACGAUUAGAACGCUUUCUCAUUCUGACCUGUGAGGAAUGGGGUAUCGCUGCAAGCACAACCGAGGACACGGGUGUAUGGGUGACCGACAGGAAGAUUGCUGCACUUGGCAUCCAAGUUCGAAAGCACAUCACCAGUCAUGGGUUUGCUUUGAAUUGCAACACUGAUCUGUCCUGGUAUAACCACAUCGUGCCUUGCGGUUUGUUGGACAAGGGCGUAACAUCCAUCACAAAUGAGAUUGCCCUGAAAAACAAUGGUGAAGCUGACGUGAGUGUGGAGACAGUUAUUCCUCAUGCCGUCAAAGCGUUUGGGGAUGCCUUCAGUGCUCCUAUGUUGCCUUUGAGUCAAGUUUCAAAAACUUUGGAUUGUGAGAUAGAUGCUUUCUUGGGGAAUCAGACCUAA